UAUAUGUGAUGUCUGCCAGUCUUUCUCUAUGGAAUCAUAAUUAAGUGUGAAUUUAUAGGUAAGCGUAAUAAAGUGUUUUAAGUGUUUCCCAGCGAGAUAUAUUCAGUUGCUGGCCACUGCAAGGCCAUUGGCCCAACAGUCUCCGCUGCUGGCCCUGGGCGUUAAUACCUUUGACCUGCUGAUCCAGCUGGCGAGGGGGGGGCGUACACCCCUCACUACAGCCUGCAGUCACCCGCCUCACUUGUGCCUUCCUGAAGGAGGCAGGGCAGCCACCAAGCCUGUGGUUGGCUCACAGGAAGCCCCCAGAGCAUAAAAGUGACGAUGCAGGGGCAUCAUUGCAGCCCUAGAGAGGAAGAGGAACAUGGCUGAAGACUUGGUUAAAAGAUUAGUCAAAUAUAGGAUUGAAACAGAUCUUUAAAGUGUUCACAGCAAUUCGGCUUUCAUUUGUAAACAAAGAGCAGACAGCUAGGAAGAUGACACCAGCAGCGGCAGGCGGCGACAGGCAGUGUGACACCGUAGCCCUCCGCUCUGCCUGACAUGUGCUGCGUGCCACGCAACCAAACUCAAGUGGAACAUGCACUGUUACAUGUACCAGAUUAUCGGACACGCCUAACAAGUGUGGCGCCAUUCGUAAAGCAACAAAACUGCUUGUCUUGAAAGAAAGUCCAGUGACAGAGACAACCUUGGCCAGUGUUGUGUUCGCUUCCUGACAGGGCGGGGAUUGUGACCAGGAAUUUGUCCAGCUUCCUCUUUGCCUUGGAAAGUGCAUUCCUGGCUGAGUGUGGUGCGUGUGCCUGCUACUUGUGUGGUGGUGCUGCUGCUGCGUGAAGCCUCUGCCGUGGGAACCCACCACAAAUAGCUAAUGGAUUCUGUAUGACGGGAUCAGCAGCAGACAGAAUUCCAGUGAUGUAUUAACAUGCCUAGGGCCUUUGUUGGAGGCGUCCCCUGUGAUAUAGUGGACGACAACCUGGAGCUCUGUGACACACUGACAAGGGAGAAGGUUACUUGUCGCUCCAAGGCUAAGCUGGUCGGCCCCAUGAAUGUCACUGUCUGCGUUACCGGAAGAGGCGCGUCUGAAGUGACCAAGAUAGGAAGGCCAUCACUAGCAGACCUCUUGGGUGGUUUCCAAGACCCCAGCUUGGCCUUCAAGACACUUAACCAUACCAGGGUCUUCCUCCAGCAGCUCACCAGAAUAUAACUGGAUAACUUGCCUGCUGCCAGCACCUCCAGGCCUCAAGAGGUUGUGGCACCACAGCCUGCACAGCCCCUCAAAUCCCCAACAAGAACAAGAACACAACAGGGUAGUGGGAGUGAUGGCUUCAGGACACACUGCCACUGUACAGGGCAGCUGUUACUCUUGUACAUCAUGUGCUGCUUACAAGACUGUGCCUAAAAAUCUGAGAGGAAAAAGUAAAAGCUCACAGGACUGGUUGACGAGACAGCUAAAUGACCCUUAUGUGAAGUUGACCAAGCAACAUCAGCGCAGGCAUUGUCCAUGAUGCUUCCUGUGUUGUGGUUCCAUCAUGGCAGGCAUGGAAGUGCCUCUCACUGCAUCACCGCCUCAUGAUCAUUGAGAGCAUGGACACAGACACUGAGGCCCUAGUGGGUACGUGGACCUCCUCAAUGGACAGAUGGACAGAGGCUGGUGUGCUGGCUGCAUGUAUCAGGAGCAAAUCUCAACCUUCUUCUCUGUUGUGGCAACAGGGAUGACAUAUGAGAUGACCAUGACCAGCAUGCCCCUUCAGGUGCUGCGUCUGCACCUGCCACACAGUCCAUCCUCUGAGGCCGUUGUCCUGCUCAUCUUCCCAAAGCCUCAGCGUUAUGACACCUAUGUGGAUGGUGUCUUUGUUCCCCUAGCCAACCUCAACACCUCUGCAGCCGGCUACAAGCUGUUGCCUGAGAACCCCACCCAUCCUCAGGCUUUCCUUCCCAUGUUGGACAAUGCAAUGGGGACCAGCUUCUUCCAGCGCAGUGCUAAGUUGGUCCAUGUGGUGCUGUGCGAAGGCCACAUCCUUGACAUCAAGACCACACCCAUGAUCACCCUCACCAGUGGCCUCAUGGUGAAGGAAGAUGAGUUUUAUGAGCAGAACGUGGUGUUGAAUCUGGCCAGCCUGUUUGAGGUAUCCCCAGACAACAUCAGGGUCAUCAGUGUUAUGCAGGAGCUCUCCAAGAGACAGCAGGGAAGGCUGGAGGCUGAAGUGGCCAGCGCUCACACUACAAGCCUGAAUGGUGAGGAGGAGGAGGGAGCAAUUGGUGGGGAGGUGAUUCCCUACAAGAAGCUGGUGCAGAGUCUGGAGAAGGCCGUCAAUAGAUUCCAGGAUGGAUCAUGCAGCAACUGUGCCUCUCUCUCUUGGUGAGUGACCCCAUCGAGCCACCACCCAAGGAAGCCCCUCCAAAGGCCACAGAGGAGGAAGGCAGUGUUGUCAUUCUGGAUGCCAAGCUGUUCUACAAGCAGCAGGAGAAGGAGGCGGCAGAGAAGAUCAAGGAAAG